GGACAAAGUAAAAUCGUGAACGUCGCGGUGCGGGGUUUCAGAACAAGCCGGACGUCGCUUUUUCGUGCCGCCGUUCAAAGUGGUCCAGUGUAUUGCUGGUGUCAUAUUUUUGGACAUUUUUUCAGCCAAAAGUCCAAAAAGAUGAGUCAGCGAUCAUCGCAGCUGCAGCAGCGCGGACGCGGCACACGGCGAGCGGCGGUGUGGUGCCUGGCCAUCGCGCUGUUCGUCCAGAGCGCGCGCGCCGGCAGCCCUUGGAGGCGCGGCUCCGGCCCGCUGCUCACCCAUCACCUUUCCAAACGUUCCUUUUUCGAUAUCCAGUGCAAAGGCGUCUACGACAAAACCAUUUUCGCCAAACUGGACCGGAUCUGCGAGGACUGCUACCACCUGUUCAGAGAACCUCAGGUCCAUUCACUUUGUAUGAAAAACUGUUUCACAACAGGCUAUUUCAAAGGUUGUCUAGAAACGUUACAGCUCACAGAUGAAAUGGAACAGGUCAAAGAGAUGAUCAAACAAAUACACGGGGCACCUCCCGACGACGAGGUCUCAAUGCUUCACAACUGAGUACUUCAAAGGUUGUGUCGAGUCUCUACUGAUGUCAGAAGAUAUGCCGAAUUUCAGAAAAAUGAUCGAGUAUCUGGCAAAGUAAGAACAAACAAAAAACAAAAACGAUCCAUAACGACCAAGUGGAGCGCAAAACCUUUGUGUCCUAUUAUUCUAGUCCAAAAAUCACCAUUAGGCAAAUAAUGUAUUAAUUUUAGUAUAGGAAUAUUUUGACAGAAUUUUUGAACCCGCCCCAUAUUUCUACUUUAUUUGGUCCUGUUAUUAUUUAUUUAUUUAUUAUUUAUAUAAAAUUAUCCCUGGUAGUAGUUUUCUAGAGCCGCACAUGCCUUGUUACUGUAUUACAAACAAAGGGACCACAGAAAGUAGAUUGUUAGGUAUUAUUUUUUUCUAUACAAAAUGACCAAACAUUUGUAUAAAAAAGAAUUUUUCACAUCACCUCAUUUCAUGAAAACAAAGUAUUAAUUUUAUUUCUUAUGCUAAAUAUAUCAGUUUUCCCCUCUCUUUCUCUCUCUUUUAUUUAUUAAUGCAUUUCCUUUAGCUGUUGAACUAUUUUGAAAGGCUGGUUAAAGUAGUUCAACAAUUAAAAACCCAUAUUUCAUUUCAUUUUCAAGCUGAUAUAUUUUAAGGAUAAAUUAUUUAUUAUACUGUUGAGAUUAUUUUUUAUUAUCUUAAGUUUAAUUUUUUUUAUUGUUUGCAAAGCACAUCGUGGUAUAAAAUAGUAAAAUUUUUCCAAAAACCAAAAUAUACACAGUGUCCUUUGCAAUGGUAAAAGUUUUAUAGACAUUCCGUUAUCAGUAUUGUACAGAGGUUGUCAUUGUAGAGAAACAGCAAAAAGAGAAUCGGUGCCUAUUUUAGUAUUUUUUUCCCAAAUGUGUCAAUAAUUAUGUUACAAAUUUUGUAAAAAUUGUCAGUUUUUUUUUAUACAUUGAACCAAAAUUGUACUUUUUAUUUUAAUUGUUUUUUACUCUUGUACUAUAUUGAAAAAUUCUACGAACUAAAUUAUAAUAUAAAUGGCAGCUUCAUAAGAAAUAUGUAAAAAAUAAACCAAAAAAUUCUUAAGAAGAAUC